CUUGAUCUGAUGUCUGGUUUACAGCUGAGCUGCAAGUGGGUCUGGUUCUUCCUCCGAAUCAGCAGCUUGAAGUUUCCAUCGUCCCUUCCCCGUUAACCGACGGAAGACGUGUCGGAGUGAAUCACGGCGCGCACACACCUCAAGACACUGAGGAUGAUGUUGGAUGUUACAUUGCUAAAUGCAUCUGAACUGUGCAUGGACGUAGACUGCCACCAAGAAGGGACCUUCUGUGAAGAACUUGCUGAAAGCAGCUGUGUGAGAAUUUUUCUGCAGGAAGACUCUCCAACUGGAUUACUUACCAGCAUGGCUUAAGCACACGUAUCCUCUAGUGUUCUGAUCCUUAACCAUGAUUGGGGUUGUGUGCGGAAUUUAGCCUGUUUCUGAUGAGUGAUCUAGACAUGAGUUUACAUCGGCAGAUGGGCUCUGAUCGGGACCUGCAGUCUUCGGCUUCCUCCGUGAGUUUGCCUUCCGUGAAAAAGGCCCCAAAGAAAAGAAGAAUUUCCUUGGGCUCUCUCUUCCGGAGGAAAAAAGACACGAAACGCAAGUCAAGGGAUCUAAACGGAGGUGUCGAUGGCAUUGCAAGCAUUGAAAGCAUUCAUUCAGAAAUGUGCACGGACAAGAACUCCAUUUUCUCCACGUGUACCUCUUCGGAUAAUGGGACAACGUCCAGCGGCAAAGCGAGCGGAGACUUCCUGGAGUGCCCCCUGUGCCUCCUGCGGCACUCCAAGGACAGGUUCCCCGAGAUCAUGACCUGUCACCACAGGUCCUGCGUGGAUUGCCUGCGCCAGUAUCUCCGGAUAGAGAUCUCCGAGAGCAGAGUUAACAUCAGCUGUCCCGAGUGCUCGGAACGCUUUAAUCCCCACGAUAUUCGGUUGAUAUUAAACGAUGACGUCUUGAUGGAAAAAUACGAGGAGUUCAUGCUUAGGCGGUGGCUGGUUGCGGAUCCUGACUGCAGGUGGUGUCCAGCUCCAGACUGUGGAUACGCCGUGAUCGCCUUCGGGUGUGCCAGCUGCCCCAAGCUCACGUGCGGGCGAGAAGGCUGCGGCACCGAGUUCUGCUACCACUGCAAGCAGAUCUGGCAUCCGAACCAGACGUGCGAUGCUGCCCGCCAGGAGAGAGCCCAGAGCCUGCGCCUGAGGACAAUCCGCUCCUCCUCCAUUAGCUACAGCCAGGAGUCCGGAGCAGCAGCUGAUGAUAUAAAGCCAUGCCCACGCUGUGCUGCUUAUAUAAUAAAAAUGAAUGAUGGGAGCUGCAAUCAUAUGACUUGUGCUGUCUGUGGCUGUGAAUUCUGUUGGCUGUGUAUGAAAGAGAUCUCAGAUUUACAUUAUUUAAGCCCAUCAGGUUGCACAUUUUGGGGAAAGAAGCCGUGGAGCCGAAAGAAGAAAAUACUGUGGCAGCUGGGAACACUUGUGGGAGCUCCUGUAGGAAUUGCAUUAAUAGCUGGCAUUGCGAUUCCUGCUAUGAUUAUUGGAAUUCCUGUGUACGUGGGACGUAAGAUUCACAAUCGAUACGAAGGCAAAGACAUUUCAAAGCACAAGCGCAACUUGGCAAUAGCCGGCGGUGUCACCUUGUCUGUCAUUGUUUCUCCAGUUGUAGCUGCAGUAACUGUAGGUAUCGGUGUGCCCAUUAUGCUGGCGUACGUGUACGGGGUGGUGCCCAUCUCGCUGUGCCGCAGYGGAGGCUGCGGCGUCUCGGCGGGCAACGGCAAGGGCGUCAGGAUCGAGUUCGACGACGAAAACGAUAUAAACGUUGGGGGAACAAAUGCGGCUGUGGACACCACGUCGGUGGCGGAGGCGCGGCACAACCCCAGCAUCGGCGAGGGCAGCGUCGGCGGCCUCACGGGCAGCCUGAGCGCCAGCGGGAGCCACAUGGACAGGAUAGGGGCCAUCCGGGACAACCUGAGCGAAACGGCCAGCACCAUGGCCCUGGCGGGCGCCAGCAUAACGGGCAGCCUCUCAGGGAGCGCCAUGGUCAACUGCUUCAACAGACUGGAGGUCCAAGCAGACGUGCAGAAGGAACGAUACAGCCUGAGCGGCGAGUCCGGCACGGUUAGCUUGGGGACGGUUAGCGACAACGCCAGUACCAAAGCAAUGGCAGGAUCCAUCCUGAACUCCUAUAUCCCUUUGGAUAGGGAAGGCAACAGCAUGGAAGUGCAAGUGGAUAUUGAAUCGAAGCCAGCCAAAUUCAGACACAACAGCGGAAGCAGCAGCGUCGAUGACGGCAGCGCGGCGGGUCGGGGUAACGCCGGCUCCUCGGCAGCCUGCCUGCCAGACAGCAAAUCGAGUGCCACCAAGUGGUCCAAAGAAACAACGGCUGGGAAAAAAUGCAAGGGUAAACUGAGAAAGAAAAGCAGCAUGAAGAUAAACGAGACCCGAGAGGACAUGGACGCCCAGCUGCUGGAGCAGCAAAGCACAAACUCGAGCGAGUUCGACUCGCCCUCUCUCAGCGACAGCGUCCCGUCCGUAGCAGAUUCGCACUCGAGYCACUUCUCCGAGUUGAGCUGCUCGGAUCUGGAAAGCAUGAAAACCUCCUGCAGCCACGGCUCCAGCGACUACCACAGCCGCUUCGCCGCCGUCAGCGUCCUGCCGGAGGUGGAAAACGACCGCCUGGAAAACUCGCCCCUGCAGAGCGGCGCUGCCGCCCUCGCCGAGGCGCCGCCGCUGGGCUACAUCGCCGAGGAGGGCGGCAGCGGCRGCUCGCCCGCACACGGCGGGGUAGGUGGCCCCGAGACACCCAAGGAAACAAACAAUAACCAUUCGGCACACGCCGGGGAGCUGAGCACUGCAAUCCAGACUGAAAUCUAAGCCUCGACGUGCUGCAGAAACCCUGACCACUGAAGAACCCUGUCUGAAAGCUGCUUGGGUUACGUGCGGCUCUGUAAGGUUCAGGUGACCGGCAGAGCAAGGUUUUGAUACAGCUGUGUUUUAUAUGUACCUGCCCAAUAAGGGAGAAUACUUCACGUGGGUGUAACAGACCUAUGUGAAGGGACAUGAAGGCUUUAACAAGUGCAUUACAACCGUACAAAUAAGUCCAUGUUUUGUAUUUUUGCCACAACUUUGCUUGAAAGCAUAUACUUGGUGUAUUUAGAUAAGAUUGGCUAAUAUGUUACAUGCUAAAAGGAAUAGUAUUUCCUGCACUGUUCACUUGACAAAUACGGGGUGUGGGAUAAAUGGGGGUUAGCUGAGUUAGUAACUUAAAACCAAYCUGGGAUGAACCUUAGCUAUGGGAGGCGAGUUUUGCAGAGGCCCGUGCCACGGAGCCUCAGCAGUGACUGCUUGCARUGAUCACUGUGGUUCCUGGCGGGAAUCACUGCAGUGAUCACUGCGAUUCCYGGGGGAAGGAAGGGCCUGUCCCCAGGCGGACGUCACGCCGUGUGUGGGCACUUCGAGCAAGGUUAUGGCAUUUUGCAUCCCUCAGGAGGAGGAGCAAUUGGUACUCGAUAAGCGGCAGAAAGGAGACGUCACCUAUGAAGAACAGUGGGGUUACUUAUUUAUUCAAGCAACCGACCGUGCAGCAGAUAAGGCUACUAUGUAUUGUAUAAAACCUGUAAAGAAUCCAUUGAUUUAUAAGCAUUGUAGAGAAUAAGUUGCAAUCACCUUUGGGGGUGGGAGGGAGGGGGAAAAUGGUGCCCCAACAAUUCUUGGUGCCUUUGGAAAAGACUGGGUUUUAAGUGCCUGGUCGUUUGAGGAUUUUACUGUAAUGCUCUCCAGAAUGUCCUCUUUGGCCACCUCGGAUCACAAAAGCAAAUUCUAGUGAAUAAAAUGACUGUGGUAGAUAAACGUAUAAUAAUAAAGAAGUAUUAGCCUACCAAAGACUCACUCAGGCUUUCGUGGAUGACUUUCCUACGACAUCUCUUUGCGAGACGUGCAUAUCUUCAAUCCCUGAAGCAAAGUGCAGUGCAACGAUUGCACCAAUGCAAAGGUGGGUUCCAAAUAUGCUGGCUUUUUUUGUUCU